GGAGAAUGGAGAGGCUAGAAGCCAGGAGGGGGGGAGGGAGACCUGCCGGCGGCAAGGAGAGGCAGUAUGCACGUCACCGCCCCCAACCCUGCCUUAACCUCUGUUCACAGCCCGUUCCCUCAGCAAGUCCCCGCUGCGCGCCUUCUGGGAGCUGCGAAGUAAAACCCUCAUUCUGAACCCCAGACACCCGGGCAGUUCAGUUCUCAGCCCGGGUCUCUGCGGAAGCCACCGGAUGAUGGGCAGGGCAAUGGCCAGGGCUCUGGCUGGAGGAAGAGCCAGACCUUCGUGCACGCCUCACGCACACACACCUGCGGGACGGCUCGCCCCCAGCUGCAAGGCCAGCCCUGUUCCCCACUGCCUACCCUCCUCGCCUCCUUCUCCCGAAUUUCCCACCGUAGACCAUGAUGCGCCAGCCGGGAGAUCCUGAAGCCAGGGAAGUCGACAGCUUUGAGUGAGACGUGGGCAGGUGGGGGCGGGGCACAAUAAUUGAGGUGCCCCACCCCCACCCCUAGGGGAACACGUCUGGUAAGCAUGGGCUCUCCAAGGGCUGGGGGCUGCGGACAUGAUCGGUGACUCGGAGGGAGACGGAAACCCCGGUAUCCCAACCCAAAGAGUAUAAAAUUCUCCACAUUAGCCACCAAACUCCUCCCUCCCCUUCUGCUCUGGACUUUGAACUCAACACCCCAUCAAGCUGCUGACAGCCCCCUCUGUGCUUGAGAAGAGCAGUCUCUCUGUGUCCCUCCUAAUGGCCCUGUGGGACGAAGAAUCUGAAUGUGAGUUUGGGGUCCCAAUUCAGCCAAUGGUCUGAGGGAGCUGUGGGGCAAGGGCUCCAGGGUUUCUUCACUGUGGCUCCUGGCCAGCUGGCUGUCCCCUCUUCCUCCCCUCAACCUUUCAAGAUCCCUGACUCAGUCCCAGGAUCUCAGGAUAUUGUUAGAACUCAUCCCCAACCCACAUAGCCUGUCCAGCCACAGCUGCCUCCCAGGCAAGACUGCCCCUCGGGGAUCUGGGAUGGUUCCCAAGCCUGCCAGAAAUGGAGCAGAGGCCAAAACUGACCUUCCGAAAGGCUGAAGUUUGGGAUAACUGGCAACCCCAGAUCCUGCUCGAGGUUCCUUCCUCAGGAAAAGCUGAGGUCAGGCCCAACUUUGCCAAGUCUCUGCUCCUCCUUCAGGCUGCAGACACCAGCCCCAACUCAUCAUCGGGGGAGGAAGGAAGUCCGGUAGGUACUUAUUGCAACAGGGCCACAGCCCUUUAAAAGCCCUGGUCAUUGGACCUUUACACACUCCUGUCUCAGUGUGUGUAGAGGCUGGCCUGGAGUCUCUCAGCUUCACCUGCCACGCAACCCACUCCCCCUCCUCACCCUGUCUCCUGUGUUCUCCUGAAAUCUUGAUCUCCAUCUUGGCCAGCCCAGACAAUGCCUCCCAACCUCACCGACUACUACCGCUUUCUCUCACAGAAGAACAUGGAGGACUACCUGCAAGCCCUGAACAUCAACCUGGCUCUGCAGAAGAUAGCACCGCUGCUGAGGCCCGACAAGGAAAUUGACCAUAAGGGCAACCACGUGACAGUGAAGACUCUCAGCACCUUCCGCAGCUAUAUUUUGGAAUUCGAUGUGGGAGCUGAAUUUGAGGAAGACCUAAAGAUCGUGGAUGGACGAAAAUGCCAGACCAUAGUAACCCAGGAGGAGGACCAGCUGGUGUGUGUGCAGAAAGGGGAGGUCCCCAACUGAGGCUGGAAACACUGCCUGGAGGGAGAGGAGUUGCAUCUGGAACUGACUGCAAGGGAGGCCAUGUGCAAGCAGGUCUUCAGGAAGGUCAAGUAACCCGACAGGAGCUGGUGCCCCUCUACACAGCACCAGUCCACAGACCCCUCUGGCUUGUGCCCUCUUCAAGCCCGGAAUGUGCCAGGUCUGCAGUCCCUUUCUUGGGCCAUUUAUCCUCUCUCUGGGUCUCUCCUCACCCCUCCCCAUGUUCAUCUGUAACUUGCAGCCCCCAGGCCAAAGUCCCUUCUUUCUCAGGCUCCGCUGAGCAAUAGCAACCUCACUUUCAGUUCAAGGUCUGGCCUCCUGGAUGAAAGAAACAGGCACAGGGAAAGGGCCCUUGAGAACAACCAGUCUCCACUCUCAUUCGUGUGGCCUCUUAUUUUCCUUCUAAGAAAAA